AGCGCGGCCCCGCGGCGCCGCCCCGCCCUCCCGCCAGCAUGGCCGCCGCCGCCGCCGCCUCGCUGCCCGUGAAGAUUGGAAUUAUAGGUGGAACUGGCCUGGAUGAUCCGGAUAUCUUAGAAGGAAGAACAGAAAAAUAUGUUGACACUCCUUAUGGCAAGCCAUCGGAUGCUUUGAUUUUGGGAAAGAUCAAAAAUGUGGACUGUGUGCUCUUAGCGAGACAUGGAAGGCAUCAUACAAUUAUGCCAUCAAAUGUCAAUUACCGUGCCAAUAUCUGGGCCUUAAAAGAAGAAAACUGUUCCCAUGUGUUAGUGACUACCGCCUGUGGUUCAUUACGAGAAGAAAUACAACCUGGCGAUCUUGUCAUAAUUGACCAGUUCAUUGACAGGACAACUAAAAGACAUUGUACUUUAUAUGAUGGACAGCAUUCCAGUCUCUCAGGAGUAUGCCAUAUUCCAAUGGCUGAGCCGUUCUGCACCAAAACCAGAGAGGUUCUUAUUGACACUGCCAGGAAGCUGGGGCUCCAGUGUCAUUCCAAAGGGACAAUGAUCACAAUUGAAGGCCCACGUUUCAGCUCUCGAGCAGAGAGCUGUGUGUUUCGCAGUUGGGGAGCAGAUGUUAUCAACAUGACUACAGUGCCUGAAGUGAUUCUUGCAAAGGAGGCUGGAAUGAGUUAUGCUACUAUUGCCAUGGCAACGGACUAUGACUGCUGGAAGGAGCAUGAAGAAGCCGUUUCAGUGGAUAAAGUUUUAAAGACACUGAAAGGGAAUGCAAACAAGGCUACAAGCAUACUCCUUACUGCUAUACCUCAAAUAGGCUCCAUGGAAUGGACUGACACCCUGCACACUCUGAAAACAAUGGUGCAGUGCUCAGUCAUCCUGCCAAAGCAGUAACAACCUGGAUGGACAUUGAAGUUGCAGGGCUUUCAAGGAAGAGUGGAUCACUUUGCAACUUUCAGAGGUUACAAUAUCUUCAAAAAAUGUUACAAGCAUAGAAGAACGGACUAAACAUUGACCAGUGACCAUGUGUAAGGCUGCUGUUAAAAUCCUUGUCAGUUUGAUCACAUACGAGAUGGUUAAAAUUAAAUUUUUGAGUAUGUUUUCAACUAUAAAUAACCCUAUUGACAAACUGUAUCUGACACUGGUCAGAGAAAAGAAGUCAGUGUCACCUAAUCAGUGGUACCUUUUAACUGAUGGUAGCAAGGAAAGUCUAAUUAAUAUUUUUGUUGCGGUUUCAUAAAAUAGGAUCUAAGAAAGCAGAUUCACCGGUUAUUUGUGUUGCUGUUUCUACCUCACAUCUUUUCCUUCAAAAAGGCACAUGGUUACAGUUAACUUCAGAAAGAUAACAGAAACAUAACACAAAAACUGAACAAUUUCAAAUCAAAAUUAUACUAUUUUUAUACACUAUCCAUAUUUUUAUUCCAGUGGGUUUUUUUUAAAUCAGUGUAUUUGUUUUGUGUGCUAGAAGACAUGGUUUAAUAAUUUUGGUGGUUCUGUCACAGCAGCAGUUUUGUAAUGAGUUGGUGUUGGAGACUGAAGUAAGCCUAAACCAAAUCUGUGCCUGAACAUGUACUUACGUGACUUAUAGAACUGUACAGUAAAAGUACUUUGCUGACAGUGCCCCAAAUACUCUGCUGGUCAUUUUCCACUUCAUUGAAUAGCUCCAAUUUUAGUUCCUGUAUUAAGUGGUGAAUGUGCUCGAGUGGUUUGAAUGUAUGCAUUUCAAUUUUUAAUACAGUUUUAUUUUAAUAAAAUAACCUGCUACUUCUUGUCUAGUAAAUAAAACAAAUGAAACGUA